UGUGUGAUUUUUGUGUGUGUGAGAGUUCAAGUGCUGUGUGUGUGAGUGCGUUUGCGUCCCUGUUUCUUUCUGUACGUUUGGUGGUGUCUGCUUGUGUAUCUGCUUAUGUUUCUUAGUUUGUGUUUAUCGCUGUGAGGACACACACUCCCUGGGACUGCGUGGAAGGCUGUGUGUGUUCCUUCGGUCCAGCAGGUAUGUUGUGUUCUCUAGGCAUUAAGAACAGAACCCACUGAGGAUCUAACACCUACAGGUCAGUUAAUACAGCUUCAUGACGUAGUCACCUGGAAUGCUAGGGGCUGGGACUGGAACCUGGUGUCUGGUUGAGGCUGUAGUGAUGCAGCUGCAGGGGUCUUGUCUGUGGAGGUGGAGGGUCCUGCUCUGGUCCACACUACUCCUCCUCAGUCCACUCAGAGCCACAGAAGAUGGCGUGUCUUUGGAGGAUGGGAGUGGCGACCCUGGCUUAGACCAAACUGUGAGAGGAGAAAAUUGGAACCCAUGUCUGGAGGGCCAGGAUGUGUUUUCCACGGUCAAAGAGAACAGCAUGACAGGAGAACUCAUCGCUGAGCUCAACACAGAGCUGACAGCCAAUGAUGUUGUCUGGAGCCUCACUGGGGAGGACGCUGAUUGGUUCUUCCUAGAAAGGCGGAGCAUCAGACUCAAUGCCCCAUUGGACAGAGUUCUGGACCGGGAGAUGCAGGGCCCAGUCCUUAUGGCAGCGUUGACCUGCUAUGAGGAGGACGCUGUGCAGAGUGAGUACAGGAUCAUGGUGGAGAUUCUGAAUGAGAAUGAUAACACUCCUGAUUUUGUGGAGAGCACCAUACAGCCUCACAGCAUCAGUGAGCUGGCGGAGGUGAAUACAGUGGUGUUUACAGUCCAGGCCACAGAUGCAGAUGACGACACCAUAAUGUACUCCAUCGACCAGACCUCGCCUGAUGCUGCCUACUUCAGAGUGGAUCUCCCUAACAGUGGAGAGGUGAUACUGGCCAAGCCUCUGGACUACGAGACCAAAACACAACUGAAGAUCACCAUAUAUGCUUCGGAGAUGAACACUGUGGAGAAGUUCAACACCAGUGCCAUCCUGACCGUGAAUAUCUUGGAUGGAGAUGACCAGUACCCACAAUUCCUGCCGUGCACGCCCCUCUCUAGCGACCAAUCGAAUCGUGUCUGCACCAACCCCGUCUACACGGUUAACAUCACAGAAGGCGAACAGGACGUUCUUCUGGACUUCUCUCCCGGGCCGAUCAAUGCUGUGGAUGGAGACAGAGGCCUCAGCUCACCUCUCAGCUAUAGCAUCCUGUCAGGGGCUGAUAAUGGGCGUUUCGUGAUGGAUGAGCUGACAGGGGAGGUGCGUCUGAUGAAAGGAGUAGAGAACAGACUACAGACACCGACACUACGCCUACGGGUCAUGGCGUACCAGAGGAAUGACCCUAGGAAGUACUCAGUUGCCACGGUGGUGGUCCGUGUUGUGGCUGUCAACCGCUUUCCUCCCCAGUUUGGUCGGGCCGAAUACCGUGGCUUUGUCACCGAAGGCAACAGCCCUGCCUCACUGGUCAACACAUACGGAAACAUUGUGCUGCUGCUACAGAUACAGGACAGGGACUUCUCUGAUGGGAUCAAUCCCAAGAUGCACUACUCCCUGAGGUCCUUGUCCAAUCACACACAGUUCUACCACAUCACACAGGAGGGGCUUCUGAUCGCCAGGACCAAUCAGCUACGGCCAUCACAGAAACACCGUCUGAAGGUAGUGGCUGUGGAUCUGGAGUCAGGUGACAUGGCCACGGCUCUCAUAAAGGUGGAGGUGCUGUAUGAAGGACAAAUAGUCCCUCAGGGCCCAUUGGGGAAUGGGCGUCUCCAUGGUAGCUGUGCAGUAGGCAAGGCUAUGGGUGUGGUCAUCCUGGGGCUGACUCUGUUAGGCUGUGCUCUGUAUGCACUGCAGCAUGUCCUCCGGACAUACAGAGGACUGAAGGACCCAGAGGACAGGGGCUGUAUAGCCCAGGGGAAACACCCCAAUGUGAGAUUACAAUGGUUCCAACUGGUGAGUCACAGUAGCUCCAUGCCGGUCCUGGAUGAGGUGAAGUUAAAAAAGGAGGGUCUGAGCACCUCCACAAAGCUACUGGGCAGUCAGAGCAUCUACACCCCUGCAGACUCUGACCCUUCUCCACUCAACGCUUUACCCAUAGCUACACCCUCAACGACCUACAUCCAGCCUAGACUACCCAGCUCCACUCCUACAGACCCUAAUCAUGGCCCUGCUUCACACAACUCCACCCAUACACCUGCUACAACCAUCACACCUGAACUACUCAAGACAUCCACUCAACUCCUGGGCUAUUCCAGCUCUAGCACCACCCCACACCCCUCACCUACACCUACCCAUGAUCAGAUAGACUCACCUUUACCUACGCACCCCUCCCCUAUUGCAGAAGCAAUAGGUAUACCCACUCAGGUAGAAGAGACACCUAAAGACACACCCCCUUCUACCUCACUUACCCAACAGCAGGUACACACACCUUUACCUCCUCCCACUCCGAUCAACUCACCCCCUCACCCCACACCCCCCCCCCUACCUCACCUACCACACCUCUCCCUCGCUCACCUACUCCAGACCCGAUACACAAUCCUGAGUGUACAGGAUAUACUCACACACCUUUACUUACUCCACCCUGUCCAGAGCAGGACAGGGUAGGGACA